AUUUGGAGUUUGAACGUAAACGUGGCGCUUAGGUUGUAGUGUUUGGUGUACUUCGUUUUAAUGGCAUUCCAAUAUGAAUACGCAGUAGUAAGCCAAAUACCCAGAUCGUUUGAAGAAUUUUUGAUGUCUCCUGAUGCUAACAUACAAGGAAAAAAAGGUGGAAAAUUCGACUAUGAGGAGGCUUGCAAUGAGAGAGAGAAAUUCGUAGAGGCAUUGAGACAGAACGGAGUUGAUGUACUUGAAAUGGAAGCCGAUGAACGUCAUCCUGAGUGUGUAAAAGUAGAUGACACAGCUGUUAUAAUUAAUGGGACAGCACUGAUGUGUAACCCAUAUCGAUGUCACAGACAAGGAGAAGUCAACCUAAUUCGUCAUACUCUCAAAAAAGAACUGGGGAUUAAAAUAGUUGAGUUAAAUACAGAAAACGCUCAGGUUGAGGGGAGUGAUGUACUCUUCACAGGUCAAGAAAUUAUUGUGGGUAUUUCCGCUCAUACUAAUGAGGCUGGUGCUCACGCUGUGGCACGUGCAUUCCCAGAAUAUGCAACUUCUAUCGUCAAGUUGCCUCAACCUUUUCGUUCACUCAAAGAUGCUGUUGGUGUGGCUGGGAUUAAUGUACUGGCAGUGGGUGAAAGUGAAGCAGCUAAACAACUAUUAAAGGAAAUUGGUCGUGUAGCCUCACAUACUUAUAAAGUGAUCACAUUACCAGAGGAUCAUGCUGCUAAUGUUUUAUAUAUCAAUCAUCAUCUAUUGCAUUUAUCAUCACAAAUGAUACCAAAAAGUAUUGGAGUAUUUGAAAAUAAAAUCAACUAUUAUCGUAGUCAAAUACAUAUCCCGGAAUUAUUUAACGCCGGUGUUCCAUUAUCAAAACUUGCUUUAUUUGCUGGACCUUUUGGACGUCAAAAGAAUAUCAUUUCAACGAUUCCAUAAAAAACUUCAUAGUUCUAUCUUUAUUAUUUUCUGCUUUUUUUAAAAAAAUUUAAGCUUUGAAUCAUUGACAAACGAUAGUAAACUGUGUGUAAUUCACAUAGUUACAUAUACAACAUCUUGUUGUUGUUGAGGUAUGGCAACUUGGACCGAUGCAUAAAUGUGCCUGGUCCUAUGUUGUAGCUGACUGACAUAUACAACAAUAAUAGUUACACAUACAUAGACUAUAAUCAAGUUUAAUAACUUCCUUCUGCAUACUUUUUUAUUUGUUAGGUUGUUUUCAUAAAUUAUUAUUAUUGUAUAUUUUCUUUUUAAAACCAAAAAAAUUGUUUGAUUUAAUUUAUCCGGUUAAUUAUAAUAAAUGACCUU